AUGCAGUGGGUCAAGCUUGCAGAAAAUACAGAGGGUGUAGUUCAAAGUGAGAAAACUGAAGUGACUAAUGUUACAGCAAACGGUCAUUCAUCAACAAAUGGAGAUCCUCCAAAUGAUAGUGUUGAUUCUAAAGAGAAACAAGAAGUUUCUAAUGGACAUAAUGUAUCUACAUCAGAAUUAGAUGUAAAAUCUGUAAUUAAUGGGACAGAAUCAUUGGAAAGAAAGCUUGAAGACGUGUUACUAGAAGAUACCCCAGAAGCAUCUCUCAGGAAAUCAGUUCAACCACUAUGUGAUAGUGCUGUAACAGUUCCACUGCUUUCACCUGCAUAUCUCAUCAUUAAAUAUGAUCCAACAGAAAGUGUUGUAGACCAGUCUCCUUCUCCACUAAAUACUUCUACUGCAUCAAACAUUUCCAAUGCCACAAUUAUCAGUGCAGAUAUUUUAACUUCACAGGAUGCAAUAAAGAAAACUUUGAAAUUGGGACUAAAACUUGACAGUGAUUUUUCGUACCAACCAGGGGAUUCUGUGUCUGUUUAUUGCCAGAAUGAAGAAAAAGAGGUGGAAAUGUUACUUAAGAGGCUGAAUGUUCUAGACAAAGCUGAUUGUGUUUGUCAGAUUGAGCUGAUGAAAGACACCAAAAAGGCAAAAGCAGUGAUUCCACUCCAUCUCCCCACAGUCUCAACACUCAAAAACUUAUUCACUUUCCAUAUAGAUAUAAGGGAACCUCCAAAAAAGUCUGUGAUAAGACAGCUUGUGGAAGAGACGACAAACCCCAAAGAGAAGCGAAGACUUCAAGAACUUUGUAGUAAACAGGGUAUGGCUGAUUACACCAAGUUUAUCCGGAAUCCUGAGAUCAGUAUACUUGAUCUCCUCCACGCAUUUCCUUCCUGUCAGCCUCCUGUGGAGAGGUUAAUAGAGUCACUUCCAAAGCUACAACCACGACCAUACUCUGCCUGCAGCUCCCCACUGAAAAUACCGGGACAGCUAGAUAUUGUCUUCAAUGUGGUCAAUAUUCCAGAAGGAGAUGGUAGGAGCUUUUCAAGGCAGGGAAUAUGCACGGGUAUGUUAGAUAAGAGGACAUUAGAUAUUCAAAAUAUAGGAUAUCAGGAAUCAGAAGGGACUAAUGGAAAAGGCCUACAGUUGCAAAUUUCUGCAAGGUCUAAUCAGUUUUUCCGCUUGCCUGUUGAUGUAUCUGUACCUAUUAUUUUGGUUGGGCCUGGUACAGGGGUAGCCCCCUUUGUGGGAUUCCUACAACACAGAGAAAUGCAGAUGAGCCAUCCUGAAACUGAGGACCAAGUGUUUGGAGAAACAUUUCUGUUCUUUGGCUGCAGGAACCAAUCUCAGGAUUUCUUAUUCAGGGAAGAACUUAUGAGACUACAGGAGGCUCGUGUUUUAGACGAACUGUUUGUCUCAUUUUCCCGCGUUAGUUCUACAGAAGAGCCUAAGUAUGUGCAGGAUAACAUUCUUAAGCAUGCUGAUCAAAUGCUUGAUUUGAUAGAGAACAGGAAUGCAGUGAUUUAUGUUUGUGGUGAUGCAAAGAAUAUGGCCAAAGAUGUGAAUCAAGCUUUUAUGACAAUUCUGCAAGAGAAGAGAGGCCUAAGUGACAGUGAAGCCAGAGGUCAUGUGACCAAACUGAGGCUUGGAAAACGGUACCUGGAGGAUGUGUGGACAUAG